AUGUCGUUUAACAAGAUUCAAUUGACGAAAUUAUUGAUCCACAGUUUAAAAGAAUUGGGUUAUGAUGAAACAAGUAUGACUUUACAGCGUGAAAGUGGAGGUAUACAAAUAGAAUCUAAUUUAGUGCAGAAUCUUUUCCAAAACAUUAGAAAAUCAUAUUAUUUUGAUAUCACUUUCAAAUUAUUAUCUCAAUUACCUUUGAUCUCUAAUAUUAAUCCAAGUGGAGUCACUUUAUACCAGACUUUAUCUCAAAUCGGAUAUUUUGCAAACAAAGAUGAAACUACGGAUGCCAAAAAUCAUAUUAAUUUUAGCAUAGAUAAUAAUAAUAACAACAAUGACAAUAACCAUCAUAUUAUGAUUAUUGACCAUUUUCAUAGACAGUAUGAGUUAUUUAAAUCUGUAUCAAAACAACUUAACACGAUUCCCUCAGACCAAUUACCCUCAUUUGUCAUGUCUCUGCAGAUCAUGCUGCUUGUCCAAAGACAAUAUUUUAUCGAACUUAUUUCCAUUAGUCAUAAUUUUAAUCAAUCUAUUAAUUUCUUAAGAAACAUUAUCCAAAAGUAUCACUCUCUAUACCAAAGAGUAUUCUCGUCUAUCUCAAUUUCUUUUAACAACACUAUUGCAACUGACCAAUUGUUGAUGAAACACCCGGACCUGUUCUUAACUAGCUUGACCGAAUUCAUAACUAAUCCCAAAUUGAUCAAUCAGUUAUAUUCAACACAAAAUUCCUACCAAGAUGAACUUAUAAAAAUAAUAUCAAAUAUUAUUGAUCCGGAUGAAUUGAUUCCUACUGGAAGACUGAUUACUCUAUUGAAACAAUCUAUUAAAUAUCAAAAAUUGACUAGUGGUGUCAACAUUUUUGAUGACAACACCAGCAAUUAUAACGGUAAUAGUAAUAAUAACAAUAAUAAUAAUACCAGUUUAGAUUAUUCUAAAUAUUCCUUAUUGGAAGAUAAUAAAAACUUCCAUGGAAAAUAUAAAUUUGAAAACAUUAAAACACUUUCAGUCAAUAACAACAACAACAACAAUAAUAAUAAUAGGGAUCCUAAUGGUAACGAAAUUUGGUAUUUACUAUUUUCUCCAGAUGGUAAAUAUUUAGCUUCUUCAAUAGCUGAUUCUUCAUCGGAUAGGAAAAUAAGUAUUUAUGAUGUUGAGAAUGAUUUCCAAAUUUAUAAAAUCCUAGCUGGUAAUAACCAAUACAUACUUUAUCUGUCAUUUUCUCCCAACAGCCAAUAUCUGGCAGCUUGCCCCUUUAACGAGAAUGCAAACAUAUAUGACAUUCAUUCAAAGGGUGAGGCAGUCUCUGAUGUCAUCAAUACAUCAACCACUAUAAGUGUCUACAAUAAUAGUCAUAUACCACUAAAAGAAAGAGUAUUGCCAGAGAUUAUAUAUCCAAUAGAUUCUUUGAAGAUUGAAUAUACACAUAAACCUUCAACUCAUAAUCAUGAGACUACAUCCACUUCUUCGCCAUCUUCGCCAUCUUCGUCUCCUUCUCCAGCAUUGAAUUCAUCGCCUUCAUUAUCUUCUGUAUCCCCUGAUCCAACAACAACUGAUUCACAUCCUUCCAAGAUCUCCCCAAGAGUUUGGUGCUGUGACUGGUUCCAUACAAAAAAACAUGAGAAUAUUAUUGUGUUUGGUUCUCCAGAUAGAGAUGUCAUCUUCUACAAUUUCAAUACAAAGAAAACUAUACUUCGAAUGUCACAGAUUUCUUCGUAUUAUCGAUCGGAUAACCAAAAUCAUAAAAAAGAUUAUUAUCAUGGACCAUCUCGUCGUGCUAACAGUAGUAAUACUCAUGAUGAUAAUGAUGAUAGACCUAAUGACAGUGAAAGAGAUGAAGAAAAUGACCAUAAUUUCAAUAUAGAUGAUUCCUCUAACAUCAUUGAAAACGCCAAUCUGUUCCCAAGGGUACAUGAUUUGAAGAUAUCAAACGAUGAUAAGUACUUAAUAUUAAUGACACACAAUGGAAUUAUUGACGUCUACGACAUAUCAAGCUUUCCGAAUAACAACUUAUUAAAAAGAAAUAACAACUCCAUAUUGGAAAAAUUUCUCCCACCAAGAGUAACACAAUUAAAUAUUGGUAAAAACAUGACAUGUAUUUCACUACCUGCACCAACUGACCUAAACAUCUUUGAACGAAACAAUGAUAUUGACAAUUUUCAACAUAACAUGAGUUUCAAGUUGAAUCAUUUAGUGUUAAUUAAUUUGCAAUUUAAUGAAAUUCAACUCUGGGAUUAUAAAGAAAAUAUAUUGAUUCAAAAAUUUUUUGGCCAAAGGCAAGAACAAUUUAUUAUUAGGUCAUGUUUUGGUUACCAAAAUAAAGUUGUAAUUAGCGGUUCAGAAGAUGGAAAGAUUUAUAUUUGGGAUAGAUCAAAUGGUAAUAUUCUUAAUGUAUUACAGGGUCAUGCUGACAAUAAUAUGAUUCUAAAUAAUAUAACUACAAAUGGUACUUCUAACACAAGAAAGAAAUUUACCAAAAAUUGUAAUGUUGUAGCAUGGAGUCCACAAGAUAAAGAUCUCUUUGUUUCUGGUGGUGAUGAUGGGUUAAUAAAAGUUUGGAAAAUUACGUACUAUUAA